CUUUCUAAGAUGAGAAAAAACACAUACACCUAUUCUCUCUCUCUCCACCCUCUUUCAGAACAACAUCCCUUCCCACUUUUUUCUUCAUUCAGGGCAUUGAGAGUUGUGGAGACGAGCUGUUACGGGAGAUAUUUCGAUCAGUUUCCGGCCGCCUUGAUCUGACCAAAUUAAUUUUUGGCCGGAAAUUCAUCUGCGAUCGGAAACUACCAUGGAUUCUCUCGGCGAUCUGGGAGGCAAUUCAACGCCUUCUUCAGAUGGAUCCACACCGUCGGAUCAGUCGUCUCUGCCGGUCUCACCGCCUCCCGAAGAGUCUUCUCCCCCUUCCCCUCCAUCUGAAGACACCUCCGGUUCUUCUUCCAACGAUUCACCUGCAGAUUCGUCGCCAUCGGAUGGUUCUUCGUCCGGAUCGGAAAAUCCCUCUUCUAACGGUUCUUCUUCCGUGCCGGUAUUUUCUCCUCCGUCGUCAGAUUCAUCAGACUCUCGUGAGAAAGUUCCAUCUUCCAAAUCACGCUCCAAGCACUCCUCCUCAGGCUCUAAAUCUGACAAGUCCGAUUCCAAAGAUUCAUCGUCUUUAGAUACGGGAGUCAUAGCCGGACUUGUCGCGGCGGGAGUAUUGCUUCUUGCCAUUAUAAUUCUUUGCAUAUGCUGUAAGAGAAGAAGGAAGAAGAGGCAGAUGCAUUAUAUGGAUCAUCAAUAUCCAUAUAAAGGUGAAAACAUGUAUUACAACGGCCCGGGCCCGGGCCCCGGCCCCUCUGCACAAUGGCAUGGAGGAGGUCAAAACAUGGAUCAUGUAGUUAAGCUCUCUCAGCAACCAGGUGGAAUGAUGCCUCCAAGCGGCGCGUGGGGUGCACCGCCGCCACCAAACAACAGCGCCCCGUCGCCACAAAUGGGUGGUAUGGGCGGGUUCAACCAGAGCCAAUUCAGCUAUGACAUGCUUGCUGCAGCCACCAAAGGAUUCUCUCGGGAAUAUUUGUUGGGGCAAGGUGGGUUUGGGUAUGUGUACAAAGGUGUGCUGCCCUCGGGAAAGGUAGUGGCAAUCAAGAGCUUGAAAUCGGGUAGUGGACAAGGGGAAAGAGAAUUCCAGGCCGAAGUUGAGAUCAUUAGCAGAGUUCACCAUCGGCAUCUUGUGUCGCUUGUUGGAUAUUGCAUUAGUGAGCACCAGAGGAUGUUGGUGUAUGAAUAUGUCCCCAAUCAGACCUUGGAAUUCCACCUCCAUGGAAAGGGUCGACCUGUCAUGGACUGGGCAACCAGGCUCAAAAUUGCUCUGGGAUCUGCUAAGGGAUUGGCUUACCUCCAUGAAGAUUGUCAUCCUCGGAUUAUCCACCGUGACAUCAAGGCUGCAAACAUUUUACUUGAUGAAAACUUUGAAGCCAUGGUUGCAGAUUUUGGAUUGGCUAAACUCUCUAAUGACAACAACACUCAUGUCUCUACUCGUGUCAUGGGAACCUUCGGGUACUUGGCUCCAGAAUAUGCAUCAAGUGGAAAGCUAACAGAUAGAUCAGAUGUUUUCUCAUUUGGAGUGAUGCUAUUAGAAUUUAUAACCGGGCACCCACCUGUGGAUCUUACUGGUGAAAUGGAAGACAGCUUAGUAGAAUGGGCUAGACCACUUCUUGCCACGGCUAUUCAGGAUGGGAACUAUGAUGAAUUAGUAGACAAACGGCUUGGAGGCAACUAUAACCCCAAUGAGAUGGCUCGUAUGGUGUCAUGUGCUGCUGCUAGCGUUCGCCAUUCUGCUAGAAAGCGCCCCAAGAUGAGCCAGAUUGUACGAGCACUGGAGGGAAAUUCAUCACUAGACGAUUUGAACGAGGGUGGGAAGGCGGCGUUGCAGGGUGGCGCGAACAGCAUGGGCGGCAAUACGAGUUCAGAGAGCUCUGGGAUGUACGAUACUUGUGCAUACAAUGCAGACAUUAUGAAGUUCCGGAAAAUGGUGCUGUCAGAGGACAGCAGUGAGUUUGGGGGUACAGAUGAGUUUUCUGGUGAGAGAAAAUAAUAUUAUUAAUAUAGGAGGAGUGCAGCAGCAGCAGCAGCAGACAUUAUGAAGUACGUGAUCGAGAAACCGGCCGGGAAGAAGAAAAGAAAGAAAAAGAAAAAAUUUUGUCAAUGAGAGAGACAUCUAACGAUGGAUCAGUUUCUUGGGUAGAGCCCCUCAGCCUCUAGACAAGUGAUGUGAUGAAUCCAGUUUAGGAAAGGAUCGGAGGACCGACCAAUUCAUAAUUUGGUGCAGAUCAGAUGAUGUUCUCCCAUUUCAUAUGUGAGUUUACCAAAACUAAAAUUAUCCAGGUCGAUUCUGUAUAUAUAUAUUUUUUCUGUUUAAUUAAUGUUUGAUGUAAAAUAUAAUGACAUUUUCGACCAAACUUAUAGUAGUGUGAGCCUUAUCAAUGCUUAAUUUUUGUAUAUAUAUUUUUUUAAAUUUAA